UCCCUUGUAUUGCAACGAAACUCUGACUAAAUGUUUCGCUUCACCUUUCCAGGUGGAGGUAGAACUUUUAAAAAGCUUUUCGUCCUUGUUGCUAUUUAGCAGGAGAAAAGAAAGGGCUUCAACUAGAAAGCAGUUGUUUUGUCACACAGCGACGUGUUUGUGUUGGAUUUUCUCACGUCCAAAUGCAUUAACCAUAUCGUCCUGGAGUGACGUUAAUUGUUGGCUUUCGCCGGCUAGAACUAUAACAUGUCAAGCACGAAACCGACGGCUGGUGUUAAAACGACAAACAGUAACCGUUUAAGGUGCGAUGUGUAGAACGGGAAGCAAGAAAAAGCUAAAUAAACCCAGCGGACAGCUUUGUGGUGGGAACAAAACAAUAAGAAAAGUGCUUAAGAAACAGUUUUGUUAUGCGAAUUGCAUACUUUCAGGCAAAGUUAUAAUUUACCUGUCAACACAAAAAGGGGCUCAACGGGGAAAGCACCUUAUUAAAGCAUUGUUAAUAUUCAUUUUUCCAUAUUUUCCUAGCCAGCCGGCUGGGAACAGUGUUCCGAUGAAGGGAGGAAAAAAAGGAUAAUGGAGCUUGACGCUGGAAACCGCCAAUUAUCGAAUAAGGAUACCGUGUACAGGCGGACUUUCGAGACACUAUUCUCUGUCCGUGGAUUCAUGACCAUAAUUCCUUUCGCUCCCCUUAACACUCGGAAAGGUACCUAAUUGGUCGGUAUCCCUUGUGGUGGGAACCAUUUUUGAUAUCAAAUGGGGUCGGUGGGUUGUUGUUUUUUUGUGCCACAGACGUCCAACAGGACACGAAUGCAGCAAACAGCAAUAUCCCUUGUACAUGAGCGCUCGAGAGAAGGUUUAAUUCCUGCUUUCAUCUAAUUCAUUAGCGUGAAACAUGGGCGAGAAAAAUGGAAACAUACAUUUUCCACCUAGACACAAGAGUUUAAACGAUGCUCCUGAGAGGUCCGGUCAGGGCCGUGUCUCGAGUGUGGUUCGCGUUUUUAAAACGGUGAUGCAUUUUUCAUUUCUCCCGUAUUACGUGCGCGGAUACGUGGAAGAGGUUUGGGGAUAGGAAAUUUGGUUUAAAAGCAGUCCUCACGAACACUUUCGGCAUCAUUCCCUAAGUGGUUUUUAAUAACUUCAUUUCAGUUCCGGGGUUUUUGCAGCGAGCCUGGAUUUUCCUGGAUCCAAAUUUUGACCAACGCCGUUUUAGGGAAAAAUGAAAAUCCUUGACUGUCCGCUGCUGUCGGUGAAUGUGCGCGUUUGGCACUUCUGGUCGUUUGUGCUGGUGCACAACUGGAGACGCUACAUCAGCAUCAUUCCCGUAACGCUGCUGAACGUGUUCAUGUUUGCCGAUCUGUAUCGGGCCUGGGGCAACAUCGAGGAAGUCAUUAUUAAUGCUUAUUUUGCGGUGCUCUAUUUCAACGCGGUGCUGCGAACGCUUAUAUUGGUGUACAAUCGAGAUAAGUAUGAAUCUUUUCUAGCAGGUGCUGCUGGGGUGUAUGGGGAAAUAUGCGCUCUCAAUGAUGAAGUGAUCACCAAGCUUGUCGCAACCUACACGAAACGAGCCCGCUAUCUGUCUAUUUCUAACCUGAUACUUGGAGCUGUCAUUAGUAGCUGCUUUGUGAUCUACCCAUUGUUUACCGGUCAACGAGGGUUACCGUACGGCAUGUUCAUACCAGGCGUAAACAACUUUAAUUCUCCGCAGUAUGAAAUAAUUUACCUCACCCAGAUGGUGCUCACCUUUCCCGGAUGUUGCAUGUACAUUCCUUACACAAGCUUCUUUGCAUCGAGCACACUGUUUGGGCUGGUGCAGAUAAAAACAUUGCAACAUCAGCUAAGAAAUUUCCGUUCGGAAAAUCUUGCCGAGAAGACAAAGGGUCUGAAUCGAAAAUUACAGAAGCUCAUCGAAGAUCAUAAGCGCAUAAUUCGAUAUGUUCAAGACCUGAACGAUCUGGUGACAUACAUUUGUUUGAUAGAGUUCCUUUCGUUUGGAUUAAUGCUGUGUGCUUUACUCUUCCUGUUAAACAUUAUAAGUGUGAUGGCGCAAAUCGUUAUUGUCGGUGCGUACAUAUUCAUGAUCCUCACGCAAAUAUUCGCCUUCUACUGGCAUUCGAACGAGGUGCGUGAGGAAAGCAUGGCUAUUGCAGAAGCGGCCUACAGUGGACCAUGGGUAAAUGUGAACGAUGCUAUAAAAAAGAAAUUACUUCUCAUUACGCUUCGUGCUCAGCGACCACUUGAGAUAACCGUUGGCAACGUUUAUCCGAUGACGCUGGAAAUGUUUCAAUCACUGCUGAAUGCCUCCUACUCGUACUUUACACUACUGAGAAGAGUGUACAAUUAAAUAGAUGAUGACACGAGACAACCCUCGGAAGUGGCAACAAACACACAUACACACCUUAGCCUUUAAUGCUUUCUUCAGCUCUUAAACC